AUGGCUUCUGUAGCUCGUGACAGCAGCGACGGACAGGGCGACGGGGUGGCCAUUGCUGACCACAGACGACCUGCCGUUGGCGUCUCGGUGCCGACCACCGGCGGUGAGCCUGGUGGCGGGCCUGGCGUGGCCGGCAGCGUCGCAGCUGUGGCGGCACCGUCGCCGGCGUCGGUCCUCGGCUCGUGGGGGACGCCGGUCUCGCACUCGCCGUCGGCCGGCGUCCACUGGACCGACACACCGUCGCCCGGAGGAACGAGCGGGCUUGCUGGCUCUGCGUUUGGCGCGAGUGCGGCGCCACCGCGUGUCGACGUCUUUGCUUGCCAGCACUGCAAGCGGCCGGUCCACGUCCACGACUCGCUGCUGAGCCUGGAGCUGGUGCCGCGGCCCGGCGUGAGCCGGGAGGACGAGGCGAGCGAGACUGCGGGUGCAUCGUCGGGCGAGCUGCCGAAACUCUCGCUUCUUGCGGUCCUCGACGACGAUAUCGAAGAGUACGUGGUGGUGGACGACGAGGUGGCGUGCGCCGUCGACCACAACGAUGCGCGGCCGCUGCUUGCGCCGGUGGCGUCGUUUGCCGACAAGCUCGGGCGAGUCGGGCGGAUCUUUGAGCUGGCGUCGCUGCAGAGCGACGACGAGCACCCGAUGUGCCGCGAGUGCGCCGGUGGGGUGGUGGCGCGGCUGCAGAUGCAGAUCGAUGCGGCGGGGCGAACUCGCGAUGCGUAUGCCGGCUACCUCCGUCGCGAGCUGGCGGCUGCAGCCGACUCCAAGGACGAGGCGGCGUACGCGGCCGAGCUUGCGGCGCUCGAAGUCGAAGAGGCGGAGCUGGAGCGCGAGCUGGCCGCGGCCGAGGCCGAAGCCGCAGCGGUGGCCGGCGAGACGGCGGUGGUUGAGGCGCAGGUGAGCGAGCUCGACGGGCUCGAGGCCAGCUUCUGGCUCGAGUACAACGCGUUUCAGGAGAGCGUGCUCGAGUUUGAGGCGCGGCGACUGAGCGUGGAGAACGCGACCGAGGUGGCGUAUGCGGCACUGAAAGAGCUGCAAAUGACCAACGUGUACAACGACACGUUCCACAUCUGGUUCGAGGGCCAGUUUGCAACCAUCAACACGUUCCGCCUCGGGCGACUGCCGAGCGUACCGGUCUCGUGGAACGAGAUCAACGCCGCCUGGGGCCAGGCCGCGCUCCUCCUGUGGACGCUCGCGGGCAAGACCUCGUUCACCUUUACAGCGUACACGCUCAAGCCCAUGGGCUCGUUCUCGCGCAUCUACCGCAACGACAAGCCGAACCACUCGGGCUUUGAGCUCUUUGGCUCCACCUCGGGCUUCUCCAAGCGGCUGCUCGGCAACCGGAGCUUCGACAAGGCCAUGGCCGCCUUUCUGGUCUGCCUCAAGGAGCUCGGCGACCACAUCGAGAGCAUCGACCCCAACUUUCGGGUCCCGUACCAGAUCGAGGGCGCAACCAUCGACUCGCUCUCCAUCAAGCUUGCCACCUUUUCCGCCGUUGAGUCGUGGACCAAGGCGUGCAAGAAAACGCUCACCAACCUCAAGUGGAUGCUCGCGUGGGUGGCCAAGCGCGAGUGA